AGCCAAACGGCGCGUUUUUCCCCACCCCAGAAAAGGCGGAGCGAGAGCCUCGCCAGCCUAUGGAAGCGGCAGAAAGGCGCGUUUCGGUUCAAACUCGGUAUAAAAGAAUCCUUGCUGGAUGAAUCAGUUUCUUAAUCCCCAGGGGAGCGUGUCUCGUCCCGGGUGCGCAGAGGCGGCUACCUUCUCUCCCACCCCCACCCCCCGAUGGCGAAUCAGUCCCAGUGCCUGGACGAUGCGCCCUUUCGGGGGUUUCGCUGCUGGGAUCCCAGCCCGCCCCAGCCUUACAGCGAGGCGCAGCGCCUGGCCCUGGAGGAGCUCAUCGCCGGCGGGCGGGCGGCUUUUUUCGCCUUCUUGCGCCGGGAGAAGGUGCGCGCCUUCCUCUCCGAGCGCGAGAUCCAAGCCGUCCUGCGCGCCGCCGUCCCGCCGCCCAGGGCGGACGACAGCUUGGCGGCCGAGGCCAGCCUCAACACCUCUCUGGAUUGCUCGUCGCUCACUUACUUCCCGGUGCAAUCCGACGUGGAGCCUCCGGUCUUGGAGUUGGGCUGGCCGGCGUUUGUCAGCGGCUCUUUUCGGGGGCUCACCCGGGUGGAGACCUACUUCCAGCCCAGCUUUGGGGAGAUCAUCUACCCCUGCAAAGAGGUUGUGCGCAAGCAGAUCCGGUCGGCUAGGGAGGUUAUUGCUAUAGUUAUGGACUCCUUCACAGACAUGGACAUCUUCGGUGACCUCCAGGAAGCCUGCAGAAAGAGGCUGGUUCCAGUCUAUAUCCUUCUCGAUCAGGCUUUUCUUGUUCAUUUCAUGGCAAUGUGUAAAAACCUUGAAUUCUCUCCUGAACAAGAGAAUCUGAUGAGAGUUCGAUCAAUCACUGGAAACAUUUAUUAUGCAAGAUCGGGAGCCAAGAUAAUUGGGAGUGUCCGUGAGAAGUUCAUGUUGGUGGAUGGUGUAAGAGUGACUACAGGCUCCUACAGCUUCACAUGGACUGAUGGGAAACUUAACAGCAGUAACUUGUUGCUACUCUCAGGCCAGGUGGUUGAACAUUUUGACCUGGAGUUUCGAAUCCUUUAUGCACAGUCAAAGCCUGUUGACUCCAAAGUACCGUCCACCUGCAGAAUCAGUGGUGCCCAUGAACAAAUAGGUAGCAAAACAGUGCCUUGCAAGGACUUCACUGUGGGUAACCUAUUGAGGGCAGAGUUUGCAAGGCUUUCAAGCAGUCCCCAAAAGCUUGAAAAAGAAAUACAGCUAGCUAAAGAGCUCCAAGAAGGGAAAAUAAGUGCUAAACGGCCGCACUUCAGUGGAGAGGAAGACUGUCGAAAUGAUCCUGUUUUCCUUGGAACACGCAAAGAGACCAUCAGUCAUUCAACCCAGACAGAGCCAUUGGAAGAGAAGCCCACAACUGAACUGUCCACCUGUUCAACCCAAACUAGUGUUUCAGUGGCAACAGUGACCACCCAGACCACAUCUCGCUCCAGAAUGGUGGGUACUCAAACAGCAGUUUUGUACAAGACUGCCACAACACAGACGGACAAGAAAGAGGAUGUGGAAUCAGCUGUGGAGCAAAGUGGAGCUGAUCAGAGGCUUCAUGAUCAGCGAAUGCCUUCCAAAGAAGGAUCCCCUGUUUCUAGAAAGUCUACCUCUACAUCUUCUAGCGCUCAGUCACUUUCUUCACUCUCCUCCCAGUGCUCUCGGGCAAGCUCUGCUGGUUCAUUAUCUUCCCUGAGAUCCAUGGACUACUCCAUCAACCCCCGAGGAGAGUACUUCCGCAAACUAAAUAAGGAGAGGGAAUUCCACUAUUCUGUCAUCCGGACUAAGCUUAACCACAUGGUUUCCAUGCUAUCUGGCAGGCGGAAUGUUGCCAAUAACUACACAGGAUGUCAUCAAAUGAGGUGUAACCUAAAACCUAGGCAGCAGAUCAGCACAAGCCUGGUAAACCUCAGGGAUUUUGCACUGUAUUCAUCAAAUGACUGCUUCUAAGAAAAAUGGGAAAUGGAAGAGCUCUUGCCCAUGAACUAGAUGCCAUGUGACUGUGUUUUUCUCUUUUUAAUUGACUGCUUGCCUUCUCCUAGCCAUUGUGUGCCAUUGCAAAUCAUGGGAGGAGAAUAUAUGACCUGCAGUCUUAAUCUGGCUUGUAUAUGAAGCUCCAACCUGUGUUUUUGGUUGAAGAACCCAAUGGCAUUGAGGGUGCAGACGUACUGUCAUCAUCUUGUGUUCCACAGAGCACUGUAGUGGGGAGCAACCUUGUUCUCCAUGUUGUUUUCCCACCCUGCUGCAUAAUUUCUCAGGCUUUGCUGGGAUAUGGGGAAAAUAAUAUUGCAUGUCAAUCCAGUAUAGCUUGUCGUACAAUGGUAGCUACCACAUAGAAGACUGCUCUGUGUUUCUACCUGUGGCUUAAAUUUUCUUGUUCCAGUUGUAAAAGUUUCAGCCUCUACAUGGGGUUUUAUUAAUUCUGUGGUAUCUUAUGAAUGUUAUUUUCUUGUGUACUUUUAAAAAUUUUGUUUUCUGGUGCUUUUUUUGGACCUGAACUGCAAGGCAACUUUUGUCAAUGUAGAAAAAUACUGAGUUCUUGACCCCAAAGUGCCUAUCUCCUCCCGCUCCCAUAUAAGUACAUUAAAAUCUUAUUUUUAAACUAA